GCCGUCGAGGCUGAACCCAUACUAAUGCUAGUAGGCUCCAUGCCCGCCUGGAGUCUGGACCCUUCCCACCCUGCCCGUGCGGAGGUUUCAGGGCCAUGGCGCAGGGUUCCCAAGCACUCCAAGACCGAAAAUUGGUUCUACCGCCGGUGACUGGAGAACGAACUCUCCGGUGGCUUUUCUGUUCUUUUCUUUCGUUUUCUGUUUUCUUUUUCUUUUUCUUUUCCCUUCCCUUCCCCUUCGGAUUACAAGAUUACAAACCUCGCCACCAAGUCCGUGGUGCUUACUCCUGUAUCAAACUAGUAUAGCUAUAAACCAGCCAGCCUGGAAGGAGAUAUCGGAGAAAUCUCAGGGUGGGGGGAACAAUGGCAUUGAUAGGUACCCCUUUGCUGGUAUGAUACCUAGGCAGUUACACAAU